GACCUAGUAUGGCGUUCGGCGGUUAUGAAUCAUCGCUCUUGCUGUAUUAAAGACAACAUUCUGGGGUUGGUGAAGAGUUGUCGAAAUAGACUGUUCGGGUUUUCUGCUGUUUGUGACUUGUAUGUUAAUGUGACAUACACGUCAGAGGUUCAUAAUGGAAGAACCCAAAGUCAGUUAUAAAUAUCUGAAGUCGUUUUAUCUAGAAAGACUAGUUUUAAACCAACACAACACAAAAGUAGUCCCAACAUACAGUGAGCACUCAAAGAUGUUAAAAAAAGUCAAAGAAGAUUAUGAACAAAAUGUUGAAAUAUAUCUUGCAUGUAUUCAACCGGAAUCCAAGUUUAAAUGGUUAAAGCUUCAUACUUCAGUUGGUGGUAAAAUCAUCCAAGACGACUGUGAACCUCAUAAAAUGGCUGUUGCCUUUGAAUGCUUUGAAAAGUAUGCGCAUAAUCUAUUAGUGUCACCAUGGAAACCAAUCUACAGACAGAUUCAGGAAAAUACAGGAUUUUUUAGAAGUAAAAUCAGCCAAUAUUUGGAUGAUACCAACAGAAUUUUUGAGAGAAUGGGUUAUAAGCGAAGCAAACAGGGUGUAUGGAAGCUGAAAAACAUAGCUGAUCGCGAUACCUUGCUGGAAAUAGCAGUGGACAUGUCUAUUGCUUCCAAGGAGUGUAUUUUCAUUGGUCGAAUAUACGAUGUGGCAAAAUCAUUUAACUUUUCACUGAAACAGGUGUAUGUGGCUCGCAGUACCUACUUGGGCUCACCUGAUGAGUGUGUAGCACAAAUGGUUGAUCGCAUGGUUCCUGAAACGUCCAGUAUGGUAACAAACAUUGAAUGGGAGGCUUGUAAAGCAUAUGAUGAUGAGAGUUGUCUUCAUGUGGAAAACACAUGUGAUUAUGAAGAUUUAUACAGUCCUGGUUACAAUACAGUGGUCAGUCCCAUCUCUGACAUUCCUUGCAAUCCCCUAGAUGAGCACAUUGAAGCUAGUUUCCUUGCUGUGAAUAAAGUACCCAUCCCUCCUGUAAGAACAAAGAAUUCUUCACUUGCAGUCAUAAAGAAUGCUCCCGUGGAGAAGCUACAUAUGCUGCAAGCCACUAAAAGAAUCCCUGCAACCCAACAGUAUAGUACUGCUUUACCAGAUGAGGUACAGUCAGACAUGCCUAUGGGAAAGUAUUUAGAUUAUUCAGAAAAGUAUAAUUUGAGGAAGACAUCAAGUAGUGAUGCUAAUGCUAAGAAAGUUUCCGCAGAGGGGAGAAGAACUGAAGCUGUUGUUACUAGGAGCUCUAUGUGGAUCUGCAUUCACUGUACCACAAGUAAUACGAAAAAUGAUCAUGUCUGUAAAGAAUGUGCCAAAAAUGACGAGGAAGACAGUUGUCCAGUUUGUUCUGUAGACGUCAGUAACAAUCCGAUGUUACCAAGCCGACAUCGUAAGGGAGACAUGUUACCAUGCCACCGUAACAGCGCCGAUGUUACCAUGCAGACAACGUAA